AUGUACUCAUUUACUCUUCUAUUAACCCUGCUUCUUUCUACCGUAUGCGGUACUAUUAGCACUUCAACAGCUAAGCCACGCACUUUCUAUAGCAUUGACCUAAACUACCGUAAUGGCAACUACACUACUACUGUGGGUGUAGGAACUCCAAAGCAAGAAAUUGAAGCCAUCUUCUCGACUACAACAAGAUACGCGAUAUUGCCCAUUGUCGGUUGUGUUAACAACAAGUUUGACAAUUGUAAAACCAACAAAAAUCUGUUUGACACUACAAAAUCGACCAGUUUCAAAUCUACCAAAAGCCGGUUUAGUAACAAUUUUAGCGGAGUUAUAGUGAAUGGAACUUAUGCUGAUGAUAUCUUUGAGGUAAUUUAGACUGCGCUGUUUUAAAGCCAUAUCCCUAGCCAACUGUCUAAAGUUUAGGCUUAACCACAGCUUUAGUCCAAGCCUUGGUUAAUCUCAGCUCUAGCUUUAACCCUAGCCUAGCCGCAGCUUGAGCCCUAGCUUUAAUUUUAGUCUUAAUCUUAGCCUUAAACUUAGCCUGAGUUUAAGUCUAAGCCUUUGCUCCAAACAUAGUCUUAGCUUUAGCCUUAUUUGUAGCCUUAGUCCUAACCCUAGUCUCAGUUCUAGUCCUAGCUCUACCUUUAGCCUUAACUGCAACAUAAGCUUCAAUAUUAGGCUAGCCUUCGCAUUAGCUUGCGUUUAAAUUUUGCCUUAGAAUUGAAUCGAACUUCAGCUUUAGCCCUAGCGGUACUACUGUAAAAAAACAGGUGUACGGCUAAGGCUAAAAAUUUUUUUCUCCACCGCCAGACUAAAAUAGCCAAAUAUUUUUAAUCGGUCACCAAUUUUAAAACUUUUAGUUAAACUACUCCAACACUCCACCCACCAACCCGGCCCGUCCUCUUCACUUCAAAACUGCCUCUUUCACAAACGUUGCUCAAGGCAUUCUGGCCUUACCGUCACUAGCCAAAGAAAAGUACAUAGAACAAUCGUCGUUAGUCCACAAUGUCAUCAAUGGAUCGAGUGCUGAAGCCUUAUUCACUGUUUUUAUGAAGAAAUGUGACAAAACAGAAUGUGAGAAAAGUGGCAGAGUUACCAUCGGCUACAAAGACACCGAGAACUGCCAAGAUCCAAUCACAUGGUACAAGAUGGGUCCAAAUGCUAGAUGGACGUGGAAGCUCUCGUCAGCGGCUGUAAAGGUCAAUGGUGACGUUAUUAAACAGGACGUUACUACUGCGUUCGAUAUUAUGUUAGAUGUGAUUGAGCUGCCUGAACGGGUCUUGAAGCUAUUUCUGAACAAAAUUGAAUAUGGCGUGAGUGAUGUAAGUUGCAUAUUUACCCUACCGUACCCUGCCGUACCCUUCCCUACCUUACCCUACGCUACCCUACCCUACCCUACCCUACCCUACCCUACCCUACCCUACCCUACCCUACCCUCCCUACCCUACCCUACCCUACCCUACCCUACCCUACUCUACCCUACCCUACCCUUCCCUUCCCUUCCCUUCCCUUCCCUUCCCUUCCCUACCCUACCAUUCCUUACUCUGCCCUACCCUAAUAUAUCUACCUAUCUCGUUUAAAAUCAUUUUCAAAAUUUCAGGACGGCUACACCGUGCCAUGUGACACAAAAAUCGAUUUGGCAAUUCAAUUCAAAAACCAAUCAUAUGCCAUUCCUCAAGAAAAAUUGGUCAAGAACGAAGACGGUACAUGCAAGUUAUUGGUGAGAAAAGCUGAUGGACACAUAAUUAAGCUUGGCCAGCCUUGGGCCGUGUCUUAUUGCCAGAUUUUCGACAUCAAAGGCCGUGACUAUGGAAUUAGUGCUGUCAAGGCUGUAAGUGAUGACAGUAAUGGAAGUGGCAACAAUGAACCUGAGAAUGUCACUGAUGAACCAGAGAAAGAUGAUGAAGAAGACGACAACAAUGAUGACAAGCCAAGUGGAAUCAAUCCAAAUGGAAAAAACUUGGACGAUAUGGGAUUUUAA